UAUCCAAAAAAACGUGGAGAAACUGAAAGCUUCGAUCAAUUUCAACAACAACCAAAUUAUUAUCGUUUACAGUGGUCUUGUCCAUGUGAAAGUCACUAUGAAAUUUUGGAUUUAGGAGCUCAUAGUUAUCCACGGUAUUUAAGCACUGCUACUUGUGCUAGCAAGCCAUGCCACAACAAAUUUAAUCAGUGUAAACUUAUUCAUUACAAGGUAUACGUUCUUAGACAUCGUGAUAUAAAUGAUAGUAAUGAUACAAGUGAAGAGCAGUUUAUUGAACAGCCAAUGUUGCCAGAACCAUUUCGGGUUAAAUGGCAUUUAAAACCAAUAAUAACAACAGUAGCUUGUGUCUCAGCAUCAGAAGGGAGAAUGAACUAAUCGUUAAACAACAAUCUCAACCUAUGAAUAUUGU